AUGUCUGAAAAGCGCGAAGCGCCCUUGUCGCUCGAGGAAGUUGUCACGAAGCGACGGCGUGUUGAAGACGAGGACUCUGUCAUGGAGGAUGCCUUCUCGCCAGCUACACUCAACGAUGCGAUGGAUGGCUACAUCAAUGAAGUGAAAUUUCCAUCGACACAGCACUUCAAUGCACGGUUCGGUAUUCAACGGUCUAUAGCGCUUGUUGCGUCGCAUAUCGGUUUCGAAUCUACCUCUCCCCAAGUUAUGGAGAGCUUUACCGGGCUGGUAGAAGCUUAUCUAGAAUCAAUUAUCGAAGAAACAAAGAGACUGGCAAUCGCGUCGCGGCGCGAGCACCCCAUACCUUCCGAUUUCGAGAAUAUGCUCAAGCGCUACAAUCUACCGAUGUCAUCAUUGACACCACAUUUGAAGAAUCCCAUGUCAAUAAAUUCUGCGCCAAUUUCUAUUCAUAACAACCAGUCCCAUCAGUCAUUCGAGUUCAAAGCGCUCCCAUUACUUGGCUCUGAACUUAGUGGCCAGGCCGACAAGGACGCAAAAUCAUACAUUCCAUCGACGUUUCCCGAUUUCCCCAGCAAACAUACAUAUAAAUUCACGCCGCAAGAUAACGCCAUGUCCCGUGACUCGCAGAAAAUACGCGAGGAAGCUGCACUGAAUGCUCAGCAGGGCGAAGAUGCCCUGAGGCGUCUAGUACGCGCCUCAAAGAUGCGAAAUCAGAAGGAAGCCAAGGCCCUUGUGGAGAGAGAUAAUCAAGGUAAAGAGCGUUUCAGAUUAUGGGAGUCAACCAUGAAACGAUUCAUGGGAGGAACCUCAAAAGACACAGCCACGGGUCGAGUUGAAAUCGCAGAUCACAGCAUGAUUGUGAAUGGAGAUGUGGCAUUCUCCCGCAAAGAUGUCUCACGCACAGGUCAGAGAUCGGCCACUGUUCCUGGAAAGAGCUCUUGA